CGACUAAUCGAGAAUAGCAUUUAGAAAUUUCACUUUGGAGGUAAAACACUUUCUACUGAAGUUGACUGCAUUCAUAGGAUAAUGGAGAAAAUCUUUGAUCACUUAGGUGAACAUAUUGUUAUCAGAUAAAUUUUUAUUUAAUUCAAAAAAAGAUAAAAGAAAAAAACUUCUAUUUAAUAUCCUCCAUCGAGCAUGGUUUCCACGAAAACAAUUAUCUGCCGAUUAAUUAUUUGUUUCCAUUAUGAAAUCAUUUGAUGCCUUUGUCCUCUCAGGCUCCCAAAAUACAAAUAUUAAUUAUAACAAGAAACGAAUAGUACUAGAAAAACAGUUGUAAUCUCUAGAUGCUUUUUCUUUAAAUGUCAUUAAUGAUCAAACCAAGGCUAAUUUUUCAAAUUGAGACAAUCCAUAUUUACAGAAUCCAAACAAGGUUCUCUAAAUCCUUGAAAACUCCACAACCAGCUGUUCCCUACACAUUAAAGAAAAAUCAUCCCUUAAAGACCCUUUAGUCUCUACAAAUACUGUAAAAACUCACUUCCAUACCUCUCGAACCAAAUGCGAAAAAACGUUGUGUUAAUUUUGUCCAUUAAUCGAAAGCUCGAGAAUGGAAGAAAAUGGAGAAAACACUUGUGAUCAGGUGGAACAAGAACCAACAUUGAAAAUCCAGAAGGAAGAAGAGGAGGCAUAUAGAUUGUAUACAGGGAAUCAUGAAGAGAAACCAACUAAAACUGAAGUUCUUGGUUGGUAUUUGUAUGGAAUGUGCUCUUAUUUUAUUCACACAGUUUUGAUUCCCAUUGUUUUUCCUCUCAUCCUCAGCCAAACUGUGUCCUGGCCAUCACAGCCGCAACAAAGUCUUGUCAAGAAUGCCAGGGGCCUCGAGUGCAGACCGAGGGAGUUACAGCUGUAUGAAAUGUUAACGAAUCAUAAAAUGAAGGUCUCCGUUGUUGAAUUUUCAGCACUGGAGUGGACUUCAGUUUCUUGGCUUAUAGGCCUAAUUCUGGCUGCACCAGUUCUUGGAGUUCUAUCCAUCCACCUAGACUACGGCAGGAAGCAACGGUUCAUUUCUGCUGCAGUAACAGCCGUUGGAGCUGUGUUCUGCCUUCCUGCUGGAUUUUUCAAGACUAGAUGGAUUUUUCCACCUUAUAUCGCGGCUGUUGUUGCAGCCAACACAAUAGCCGGAGCCUGCCAUGCCCGUCACCUUGGCUUAAUGGUUCGCGGACUUGUUGGUUCACAUAUCCGAAAAAGCCAAUUCCCGGAUAGAAGAGCUGUGGCUAGUUGGCUUUCUCUUCAUUCCACUGCUGCAGGCUGCUUAGGUGCUGCUCUAAUCUCUGCUUUUACUUACCAUAUGCUCGGGAAAUCUGAUGACAGCUUCACUAGCUUGUGGGUUGUCGCGAUAUUUAGUGGCCUAACAUGGUUCAUUGGAAUUGUUCAUAUUAUAAGCACAAAUAGACCUGGUCCUAAUGCAAAUUUUCCACCAAAUUCUGUUUCGAAAACUCAUGUCUUGUCCAUUUUCAAGUACCCUCAUGCAACUGGAAGCCUUGCUGGAGUGUUCCUUUCGUCUUUCACAACAAUGUGCAUAUUCACAGGAGGAACUUUGUAUUCAAUCGGAGCCCUAUGUGUAACGCCGGUGAACAUUUUGUAUAUUUGGCUGACCUAUUUCAUAUUCCCUUUGAUUUCUCUUCCAUUGGCUCAUCCACUGCAGCUAAUCAUGAGGGCUGAUGCUGUGAAAAUGCAGCUUCUUGGGUUCUUGUUAUCAGCAGCUGUUUCUGGAUUCGGAUUUUAUUAUCACCAUCAUAAUUGGAAUAAGGUUCAUAUACUUAUCUUUGCUGCAGUUCAGAGUAGUGCAACAGGGCUUUUGCAUGCAUUUGGAAGAGUGCUUUGGUUGGAUUGCUCACCAGCAGGAAAAGAAGGUGCUUUCUCAGUGUGGUUCUCAUGGAUGAGAGCUUUAGGUACUUGUGCUGGUUUUGCACUUGCAUCAGCUUUCCCUGGAAACAUCAGCAAAUCAUUUGGAAUAGCAUUUUGUGCUGCAAUUCUAGGGAAAAUUAUCCUCAUUUUUGGGAAUAUCAGUAACUUUGCAGGAGCUAAAGCUGCUGGACAUGUGAGAGAGCAUAGUGAAAAAGGAUCACCAAUAACGUUGGGUGCAGGUGCUAAAGCUGCUGGACAUGUGAGGGAGCAUAGUGAAAAAGGAUCACCAAUAACUUUGGGUAGUGGUGUUGAAGGGAACACACCUUUGUCUACAGAAGUCCAAGAACAAGAAGUGAGAGUUCAACUAUAGUUGCUUUCCCUUCUCUUCUUUGCUAUGUUGCUCGGACUCUUCAAAAAUGUUGCAGCACCCGUGUCGGAUCCUCUAAAAAUGCAUUACUUUUGGAGAAUCCGACAAGCACCCAUCGACAUUUUUUAUUAGUCCGAGCAACAUAGCUUCUCUGUCCUUUUUCAGAAAUUGCUGUUGGAUUAUUUUAAAAUAAAUUACUUCCAUCUUGUUCAUGUACCUAGGAAACUUUUUACCCACACCUUUUUAUGUGUCAUGGAUUUUGGUUUGAAAGCUUCAUUCUUUUCUUGUGAACAGAGAACAAAU